UGGCCAUUAUGUCAAGCUGCCACACUGCCACACUCACUAUGUUGGGGUAAAUGGCAUUCAAUCGAAAAUACAACUACCUGUAUUAAAAUUAAUUUUAAUUUCAUGCUGAAAAUGUUAGACGGUCUAUUCGUGUUGUUGGUCUUGAGCGCGCUAAUGGCAUCGGCAUCCUUCCUUGCUGGAUCGUUACCUCUAUCUAUGAGUCUUUCUCCCACUAGGGUCCGCCUAAUAUCUUGCCUGGGGAUGGGCAUAUUAGUGGGAACGUCUAUGAUUGUCAUUAUUCCAGAAGGAAUAGAAACCAUCUACGCUGCUGGAUCAGUGAAUGACAAACUGCACAUAAAGAAAGAUCUUUACAAAGCAGAGACGUCGCAUAUAAAAUUGGCCAUUACUGAGUUUGAAGGAAUCUCAGACGUUAGGCCUAUCCCGAGAAGCCUCAAACGGAUUGAGACUAAGGGAACACGCCUUGACAUGUUUCCUGUAAGACGGCAGAACAUCAAAGAUACUCAUAGUCCAUCUAUCAAUGCCGAGAAAGUCGAAAUGGCUCAAACCGAAUCACAUCAAGUGUCAGGCACAUGUGAUGGACGUGAGGACCGAAAUGAUCCAUCGACCUUUCAUAUCGGGCUCUCUCUUGUCCUAGGAUUUAUACUCAUGUUUUUGAUAGAUAAAUUACCACGGCAUGCUUCGGAUAACCUCCAAUCUGCACCACCUACCAGGCACAUCUCGCUCUCCAACCUUUCACUUAGCUCUUCUGCUUCUGACAACGGGCUAGAGUCAGAAUACUUUCUUCAAUCAACAAGCUCGAUAUCAAAACAGACCAGAUCAUUGACAACUACAACAGGCUUAGUAAUUCAUGCUGCUACUGAUGGCAUCGCAAUGGGAGCAUCAACCACUAGCUCUAACAGUAAGCUAGGACUCAUCAUAUUUAUUGCAAUUAUGAUACAUAAAGCUCCAGCAGCAUUCGGCCUUACAUCAGUAUUGCUUAAGCAGGGCCUCAGUGCAAAAGCUGUAAGAGGACACUUAAUAAUAUUCAGUCUUGCUACACCACUCGGCGCUUUGACAACUUGGCUUUUUAUUGCUCUUCUUGGUGGUAGCCAUAUUGAAGGUGAACGGGGACGCUGGUGGACAGGUAUGAUAUUACUAUUUUCUGCCGGUACAUUUCUGUAUGUGGCCGUGCAUACUUUGCAAGAAGAAACCACGUAUGAUGUCAGGUCAUACAGGACCAAUGAAACCAGCUCGCUUGAUCCACAGCGUAAGACAACAAAGCCCAAGAUGCGAGAAACACUUGCGGUCGUCAGUGGGAUGUUAUUACCACUUCUCACACAGCUUGAUCACAACCUCUGA